UGCAUCUAUGUAGAAAACAUCUAUAAUGUUUUAAUAUUUAGUCUUAAAUAUUAGGAGGUUUUUAAAAUUUUAUCAAAAAUAAAUCUAAUACGUUUAAAUACGCUCACAUCAUUUGCAAAUAUCAUUCGAACAAUUUGCAAGAAAUCCAAUAUAAAAGAAUUCUAGAUAAUUAACUUCUAUUAAAGUUUUAAUGAAUAACAAUAAUAACAACCGUGGAAGAAGAAAUAAUGAUAGAAGAAGAAGAGGAAGAAAUGGUGCGCAAAAUAUUGGUGCACAACAUGGCAAUUUACAAAAUAAUGAACAUCAAGAACCUGGUCAACAAGAAUUAAAUAAAUAUAGGCUUGGUUUCAAAAUUUUUCAGGAAUGGUUAACAUUUGAUGCCGAAAAAUUACUCCAUACAUUAAAUGCAGAAAGAGCUUUUCAAGCUAUGUUAGAGAGUAAGGAAGUAAAAGAAGAAUGGAUGCCAAUUAUUAUAAAGAUUUUAUCCAUUGCUGUUGAUAGUAAAUUGUCACGUCAACUACUACAAAAUUUUUUGAAAACCCUUACCCAGUCCUUAUUUUUUCGAGCUAAUGUUGGUAAAUUUAUAGUAAAGUUAUUAACCAGCAGUAAUGUUGUCAAUGUUGAAGAAAGUAAACUGUGCAUCAAAAAUUUGCUAGUCAUUUUUAGAACUAUGUUUAAAACUAUGCCUAAUGCAUGUGACAAUAUAUUGCCAGUCAUUAUAAACAUAGAUUGUCUUUCCAAAGAAAGAAAAGGAGAGUUACUAAUGUGUGAUGAAUCAAGGUGCUUGUUAAUGGAGUUGAACGAAAUUAAAGAUGAAGUUCAUGUCAACUUGAAACAAGAAUAUAAUAAAAGUAGUGCUGAUAAUGUUUUCGAUAUGGGACCACCGCCUAAUGACUUUUGGACUAUUUCAAUAUUUCCAACAGCUCUAGACAUUAAUCCUGAAAAUGACAUUUAUUUGCGACAAAAUAAGAUAAAAGGUGGAUAUGAGAACGUUGAUCAUUAUUUAGAUGUUCAAUUUCGCCUUAUGCGAGAGGAUUUUGUUGCCCCGCUUCGUGAAGGAGUUAAAAUGUUCCAGGAGCAACUUUAUUUAAGAAAACCUCGUCAUUUAAAUAAUUUACAUGUUUACACUAAUGUAAAAAUUCUUUUUCCUGUUUGUACUGCUAAUAAAGGAUUAACUUACAGAAUCAGAUUUGAUAUUGAAAAACUAAAACAUGUUCGCUGGGAGGUGUCGCGUCGAUUAAUUUUUGGUUCUCUAGUAUGUCUAUCACAAGAUAACUUUAAGACAAUCCUUUUUGCUACAGUAUCCGACAGAGAUACAAAAUUAAUUAAAAAAGGAGAGCUGGAACUUAAAUUUGAGCAGGGUGUUGACCAAAAUAAAGUGUCAGAAAUAUCUGCUGACCAGACUUUUUUGAUGGCUGAAACAAGUGCAUAUUUUGAAGCUUACCGCCAUGUUUUAGUAGGUUUACAAGAGAUGCGAAAUGAAAACUUUCCAUUUGAGCGUUACAUUGUGCUUGCAAAUAACAACAUUUUACCUCCAAGAUACUUACAGAGAAAUGUAGUUGAAAAUGGUAUUUUUGAUUUAAGACCUGUUGUUGAUGCUAAAUCAGUGUUAAAAAAUCAAGAUUUUAGUGAUACUGAUGAAGAUCUAGGAAGUAGUGAUGACGAUAUAUUUCUGGGAGCACAUAUAACAAAAGAUAAAACUAAAUACAGUGAUACAGCUGAAAAUGUAGCUAAAGCUGUUAAAAUUUUGAAUAGCCCAUCUUGGCCUGAUGCUGCUACAUUACAUUUGGAUCCUUCUCAGUAUAGAGCACUAAAAGCAGCUCUUUCUAGGGAAUUUUCAAUUAUCCAAGGUCCACCUGGUACUGGUAAAACAUAUAUUGGUCUGAAAGUAGUAAAAGCAUUAUUACACAAUUCUAAUUCUUGGUGUAGAGAUCCUGUGACAACAGAUGUUGAACCACGACCUAUUUUGUUAGUUUGUUAUACAAAUCAUGCUUUGGAUCAAUUUUUAGAGGGUGUGUCAAAAUUUUUAAAUAAUGGGAUUGUGCGUGUUGGAGGGAGGAGUCAGUGUAAAGCACUGGAACCAUUUUUACUUAAAAAUUUACGAAAUAACAGUCGAAGUUUGAGAAAAGUUCCAGUGGAGAUUUUUCGAGGUCGCAUACAAGCUAGAUCGGAAUUAGAUGGUUUAGAGGCUGAAAUUAAUAACAUAAGAGAACAGUUGGAAGCUACUCAAAGAGGGGUUAUACAUGAAGACACUUUAUCAGUUUCCAUUGAUAACAAUCAUAUUGAAAGUCUUCAAUUUGGUUACUUUGUUUAUCAAGCUCAGAAAGAUGUUAAUGGGUGGUCAACUGUCAACUCAAAACAAUCUAUGAUUAUUGAAUGGCUUGGCUUAGAAAAUAUGAUGGAAGAAGACAACAACAAAAUUGAACAUGGAUUUGAUCAACUUAAGUUGGAAGAUGAAGACGAUUUAGCAAUUGAUGAUGAAGUGCAGCAUGAGAUUGAAAAUCGGCGAUUAGAUUUAGAAGAUGACUCAAAGGAAAAAACUAAAAAUUCCAAAAAAGAGUUGAAUAUAAACAAAUAUUUGGCAAUGAAUAUUGAAAAUCUUGAUAAUGAUGUUGAUAUGAUAAACAAAUUUAUACCUGUUAAAAUUUCAAAAAGAAAACUUAGGCAAAGGUUAAAACUUUUACUGCAUGGUGGUGCUGCAAUGACUUCGAAUGAAGCUAAUGCUAUAAAUGAUGUUUGGGCUUUAGCAACCGAAGACCGUUGGAAGUUAUAUCGUUAUUGGGUGAAUUUGUAUCAAAAUUAUCUUAAGCUUAAGGUCAGUAAUUUAGAAGUUCAGUAUCAAAAAACAUUCAAUAUUGUUGAAGAAAUGCUUCAAUUAGAGGAUCUUAAUAUUAUGCGAAAAGCAAAAGUAAUUGGCAUGACAACUACUGCUGCUGCAAAAUAUAGGAGUGUUUUAGGAGAAUUAAGGUCAAAAAUCCUUGUUGUAGAAGAAGCUGCUGAAGUACUAGAAUCACACGUUGUUACUACGAUACCAAAUUCUUGUGAUCAUAUUAUACUAAUAGGUGAUCACAAACAGUUGCGACCAAGUCCAAAUGUAUACAAGCUUGCAAAGAAGUAUAAUCUUGAGAUUUCAUUAUUUGAGAGAAUGGUGAAUAACAAUGUACCUUGUGAAACACUGCAAGAGCAACAUCGCAUGCGCCCUCAAAUAUCAAAUCUUAUGCUUAAUAUAUAUCCUGAACUGAAAGAUCACAAUUCUGUUUUGAUGUACGAAAGCAUUAAAGGUGUACAAUCUAACAUUUUUUUUAUAACACACAAUUUUCUGGAAGAAAGUGAUACCGAAAUAAAAAGCAAAAGUAAUGAUCAUGAAGCUAAAUAUGUUGCUGCAUUAUGUAAAUAUCUAAUGUUGCAAGGCUAUAAACCUGAUCAGAUUACAAUAUUGACUCCAUAUACUGGCCAGUUAAUAAAGCUAAAAAAAUACAUGCCCAAAGAAAAGUAUGAAGGUGUUCGAGUAACAGCUGUUGAUAACUUUCAGGGUGAAGAAAAUGAAAUAAUACUUUUAUCUCUUGUGCGCAGCAAUAAUGAAGGCAAAAUUGGAUUUCUAGGUGAAGAUAAUAGAGUUUGUGUUGCUUUAUCACGAGCUAAAAAGGGGUUUUACAUUAUUGGUAACAUAGAUUUUCUUGCUAAAUACAGUGCAUUGUGGAAAAAAAUUAAAAUAAGUUUAGAGAAAGUUAACUGUGUUGGUCCUGCUCUGCAGCUUUGCUGCCAAAAUCAUAGUUCUGAUCCAGGUAUACGAGCUUCUAAAUCUGAAGAUUUUUUGAAUGCUCCUGAGGGUGGUUGUCAAAAACCGUGUGAAGCCAGAUUAGUGUGUGGUCAUGCUUGCACACUUGCUUGUCAUGCCUAUGACAAGGAGCACAAAAUAUACAAAUGCCAAAAAACAUGCAACAGAAUAAUAUGUGAUUUUGGACAUUUUUGUAAAAAGAAAUGUUUUCUUGAAUGUGGCAAUUGUACAGUGUUGCAGCCAAAAAAACUACCAAAAUGUGGACAUACGCAAGAUGUUCCAUGUUCACAAACUCCCAGUUCUUUCAUAUGUUUAGCUCGCCCAUGUAAUUAUAAACUGAAUUGUGGACAUUAUUGCUCAAAUGCUUGUGGUGAAAAUCACACAAAGCAAUGCAAAACUAUUGUUCCUUAUUAUUUUCCAGAAUGUAACCAUACUGAAAAGGUGGAGUGUUAUGAGAAAUUAAACAAUCCAUCUUGUAAAACAAAGUGUCUUGAUAUACUUGAUUGUGAACAUAAGUGCAAUGGUAAUUGUUCCACUUGUUUUCAAGGUUUUAUUCAUGAAGCAUGUUCUAAUAAAUGCAGCCGAAUUUUGGUAUGUGGACAUGAAUGUUUAAGUCCAUGUGCUAAGAAUUGUCCUCCCUGUGAACGUAAGUGUCAAAACCGAUGUAUUCAUAGUCGCUGCUUAUCAAGAUGUGGAUUACCUUGCAAUCCAUGUAGAGAACCUUGUGGGUGGAGCUGCCCUCAUUACAAAUGUUCUAGGUUAUGUUAUGAACCUUGUGACCGUCCUCGCUGCAAUAGGAAAUGUGAGCAACGAUUAAAAUGUGGUCAUCCAUGUAUUGGUCUUUGUGGUGAGUCUUGUCCUGAUAAGUGUCGCUACUGUGAUAGAGAGCAUGUGCAAGAAAUAUUUUUUGGAACAGAAGAUGAUCCAAAUGCUUGUUUUGUUCAAUUGGAAGAUUGCAGACACAUUUUUGAAGUUACUGGUUUAGAUCAGUGGAUGGAUCAAGAAAACAGUGAAAUAACAAUGAAAAAAUGUCCCAAAUGUAAUGUAGUCAUUCGGCGAAAUUUAAGAUAUGGAAAAGUUAUUAAAAAAAUACUUAAUGACAUCGAAACUGUUAAAAAGCAGUUUGUAGGUGAAGCUAAAGCAAUAAAAGAAAAUAUAGUUAUUGUACUGGAAAACAUUGAAAAUUUAAAUGCUGACAUAGCAGAUUGCAGUUUGCUAGGAAUUAGUGAAUUCAACAUUGAAAGAAUUAAAUCAAUUUUAAAAGAAUGCAAAAUUAUAACAGAAGUUAAUGGAUACAAUUAUAUAGUUUUAUUUUUAAGCCGUCUAUGCAAAAUAUGGAAAGGUUUAUCUAAGGAUAAAAGUUUACAAGAUUCAAAAGAUGGUAUAGAGUUGAAAGAUAAAAUAAAGAGACUUUGUCAGUGGUUGUUAAAUCUUCCAAAGCUUACACAUCAACAAAUAGUGGAGACAGAUAGAGAGAUUAUGAAAUUUUUUUUAAUGCAGAGGUAUCUUCAGACAAAUAAAGAAUUAAAAAAUAAUAAAAACAAUCUUUCAAAUAAGUUGUUGCUAUGUAUAGAAAAAGUUGAAAAUUAUCUUUUUUCCAAAAAACCAUUAAGAAAUGCUGAAGUUUUAAUUGCAGAAGUUGAAAAGCUAAUGAAAGAAAUUGAAAGAUUGUUUCCUAAGUCUAGUCUUGGUGUUUCUGAAGAAGAAAAAAAAAUGAUUAUUCGUGCAAUGGAUUUAAAACAAGGACACUGGUUUAAAUGUCCAAAUGGACAUGUUUAUUGUAUUGGAGAGUGUGGAGGAGCAAUGGAAGAAGCUAAAUGUCCAGAAUGUGGGGCUGGUAUUGGUGGUACUAGUCAUCAUUUAAGAGACGAUAAUUUGGUGGCUGGAGAAAUGGAUGGCGCUCGGUUUUCAGCUUGGUCUGAACAAGCCAAUAUGAUAGCAAACUUUCGUUUUGACGAUUAAUUCUUUUUAAACAUUCGAUGUUGUUAUUUUUUAACGAUAAUUGUAAUUGAAGGGUAUUAAAACCAAUUAAUUUACUGUAUCUAAAUAUAGAUCUUUUUAAUAA